AUGCAAGAAAGGCAACUUCUCUUGCUUAAAGGGGAGGAUGGAAUUAUGGUAAAGGAAGAGGAAAUAGAAGAACCAAAUGAAUUAGAAGGGGAGGAUAAUGGGGAGAUCUUCCUACAUGCUCUUAAGGGGUUAGCCAACAACAAGAUCAUCAAAGUUGAAGGGAAGACUAUGGAUGUGACAGAGGAGAGCAUGGAGCAAGAAGGGGAGUUACAGCUAGCUAUCAACACUCAGACACGAAACAACUUGGAGGAAGAGAUUGAGCACGACAUUGAGAAGUUUGAUGGGCAAAACGACUUUGCCCUCUGGAAGAUGAAGAUAAGUACUCUCCUUGGCAAUAUUGGCCUUGAAGAGGCACUAGAAGGAGAAUCUAAAAUGCCCAAAACCUAUACAAAAGAACAGAAGAAGGAUAUCCUCAAGAAGGCCUACAAUAUGGUAAUUCUAAGCCUCGAUGAUAAGGUCUUAAGGGAGGUGUCCAAAAUGAAGACGGCAACAGAGAUUUGGCUCAAGCUGGAGUCUCUACAUGACAAAGUCCCUUUCCAGCCGUCUCUACCUAAAGGCUAUGUUCUUUAUUUUUAA